AAUUGUCGCAAGAUAUCCAUCGAACAUACGAGAAGAGAUGCUCCAGAGCCAAUGAAAUAUGUGAACAUUUUUUUUUCAGAUUUCAGAGAUCUUCUAAUCAGUCAUGGCUACUCAUCCGAAAAAAUGUUACAGUCCACAGCUUUAUUUUGUGAACGCCAUUUAAUUUAUUUUACUCGGCCUGCAUAGCGGAGAGGUAGCGAGAAUGCUAGAUAGAUAUCUGGAGUCGUCGUCGUCGUCGUCGUCGACUUGUCAUCCAUAGCCAUUGACGACGACGAGCUCUACUAGCAAUCGAUCGAUCGAGUUCUCGCCGCCAUGAGCAAGCUCGACUACUGCUUCAGCAAUGACUACAUGGUGCUGCGCCCUGACAGGGCCGGCGCGUACGAGCUCCUGCACCUCCUCUUCUCCCCCAAGGUCGGCCGGAACAAGGCCGUCGACUGCUUCACCAGCACCGAGCUCCACAGCUUCCGGCGCCGCCUCUCCAUCUUCCUCAACCUCCUCCUGCAGCUCUUCCUCCUCUCGCUAGUCGGCCCCCUCGUCGCCGUCCUCGGCGGCGCGCUCGAGUUCGCCCUCAACCUCGCCAGCAACGUCCUCCAUGGGAGAAUGGAGUAUCCUGAUCGGAAGUCGGCGUCGUACCGAUCAAUCACCGGGCUCAUCGACCCGAGGGUUGAUCUGGAGAGGAGCAUCACGCCGGCGGACAGCCGGUACCACGCCGCGCUCUGCGUCAUGGCGUCCAAGGUGGCGUACGAGAACGAGGCGUUCAUCCGCGACGUCGUCACCCGCCGCUGGCAGAUGGAGUUCGUCCAGUUCUUCAACUGCUGGAACGAGUUCGAGAACGCGUACACGGCGCAGGCGUUCGUGUUCUGCGACAAGGCGGCGGACGCGGAGCUGGUGGUGGUGGCGUUCCGGGGCACGCCGGCGCUGGACGUGGCGCGGUGGUGCGCCGACGUGGACCCGUCGUGGUACAAGAUCCCGCGGCUGGGGCGCGCGCACGCGGCGUACACGCACGCGCUGGGCGCGCAGCGGAACAUCGGGUGGCCCAAGUGGGUGGAGCACGUGAAGGGCAAGCCGCAGCGGGUGCACGCCUACUACGCCAUCCGCGACGCCGUGAAGCGGCUGCUGGAGGCGAACGGCAGGGCGAGGGUGCUGGUCGCCGGGCAUGGCUCCGGCGGCGCGCUGGCGGUGCUGUUCGCGACGGUGCUGGCGUACCACAAGGAGAAGGCGGCGCUGGACCGGCUCGCCGGCGUGUACACCUUCGGGCAGCCGCGGGUCGGCGACGCCAUGCUCGCCAUGUUCGCCGAGAGGAACCUGGACAGGCCGAGGAAGAGGCACUUCCGGAUCACCUACGGCGACGACCCGCUGCCGCGCCUUCCGCACGAGAGCUCCGCCGCGCACUUCCUCCACUUCGGCAUCCGCCUCCACUUCGACAGCUUAUACAACCUCAAGGUGGUGAAGGAGUUGCCGGGAGAUGGGAGCUCGUCGUCGUCGGCGGCGGAGUUCGCGACGAGCCGCAUCAACGCGGCGUGGGAGCUGGCCCGGAGCGCGUACCUGGGGUACUGGAGGAGCGCCUACUGCCGGGAAGGGUGGCUGCUGAUGGCGGCGAGGGCGGCGGCGGUGGCGCUGCCUGGCCUGCCGUUCCACAGGGUGCAGGACUACGUCAAUGCCGUCACGCUCGCCGGCUCGAACAUUCCCAAGGACAUGUGACGAUGUAUCGAGUUUCUGAAUGCAAUGCUGCAGAGACUGCAGCUGCAGGCAUCAAACUUGGAUGAGAGAUUGCAACUGCAAUAUAAUGGCAGAUGACGACUGCAUCGAGCAGGCUAUGGGACUUGUCACUUGUGUAACUGUAAUGUGACGUACGUACUGGUAGUAAUUAAUUACGGGUGCAACUGUAUGUUGUCGCGACUAAUUCUGCUUCUACUGAAUAAACAUGUAGUGAUAAGUGAUAUGCUUGUGAGUUGUGACUUGUAAGCAUUUGAUGUACUGGGACAAGUACUACUAGUAUAACUAUGAGAAGAUAAAUAAUUGAAGUUCUUGUUUUCGUUUCUCACUCA